UAACUUUUAAUACUUCUGCAAAGCGUAUCACUCCAUUAUUGUUUGUAAAUGAAGAUAAUAAAAGUAAACUUUAUCAAGCUAUUCGAAAUUUGAGAGCUAAUGGUGGUACCAAUAUUGGAAAUGGUCUUAAACUAGGUUUGGAUAUUUUGACUCAAAGGACAACAAAGAAUUCUAUUAGUGGAAUGAUUUUACUUUCUGAUGGUAUGGAUAAUAAGGAACAAUCUUAUGAACAUUUGUAUGAAAGAGCUCGUGAAGCCGA